UAACUAAAGAACUCAUUGAGUGUAAACAAGCCGUGGUCAUUUAUAGAAAGCUAUUGACAUUCAGUAUAUUGAUUCUACAGUCUUUGAACCAAGCUGAUUAUGGGCCUGAUGAGCCAGAAAAUCAUCAAUGUUUUUUUAAAUAAACUUUAUUGAACAAUCCACAAAUUUACAACAACCAAAGAUAUCUUUUAGCAAAAAUACUAAAAUAAAAUAAAAUAAAAUAAAUAAUUAAUUUUGAUAAAUAAAUAAAUAACCAACCAAAAAGUCAUCAGUCUUUUCAGAUGUCGGAACGGUGUCGGAAGCGGUCGGAAGUCAUAACUUGUGGAGACACGCCCACAGCUUCAGGACACGAUUCUCAUCCAACUUGUGGACUCGGAAACGUCGUUCAAUCCCCGAAAGUAAAGGACUUGCUGCUGCUUUUCAGCACAGAAGAUGCUUGCGGUGGCCGGACUUCAGGGCAGCAUUUCCAAUGCCCUGGCCAGUGCCAUCUGUGAGAGAUGCAAAAGUGGUUUCGCUGCAACAGAGAAAAUUGUCAACAGUAAUGGAGAGCUGUAUCACGAACAGUGCUUUGUGUGCGCCCAGUGUUUCCAGCAGUUUCCUGAUGGUCUUUUUUAUGAGUUUGAAGGAAGAAAAUACUGUGAACACGACUUCCAGAUGCUCUUUGCUCCUUGCUGCCAUCAGUGUGGUGAAUUCAUCAUUGGCCGCGUUAUUAAGGCUAUGAACUACAGUUGGCAUCCGGAUUGUUUUUGCUGUGAUAUCUGUCAGGCUGUGCUUGCAGAUGUUGGAUUUGUCAAAAAUGCUGGCAGACAUCUGUGUCGCCCGUGCCAUAACCGCGAGAAAGCUCGUGGCUUGGGAAAAUAUAUCUGUCAGAAGUGCCAUGCCAUUAUUGAAGAGCAGCCACUCAUCUUCAAGAACGACCCGUAUCACCCAGAUCAUUUCAACUGCAACAACUGUGGGAAGGAGUUGACAGCUGAUGCCAGAGAGCUGAAGGGAGAGCUCUUCUGCUUGCCUUGCCAUGACAAGAUGGGCGUGCCAAUCUGUGGAGCCUGCAGGAGGCCCAUCGAGGGGCGUGUGGUUAACGCCAUGGGGAAGCAGUGGCACGUAGAGCAUUUUGUGUGUGCCAAAUGUGAGAAGCCUUUCCUAGGUCAUCGCCAUUACGAGAGGAAGGGCUUGGCUUACUGCGAGACUCAUUAUAACCAGCUCUUUGGUGAUGUGUGCUAUCUUUGCAACCGUGUGAUUGAAGGCGAUGUUGUGUCCGCUCUCAACAAAGCCUGGUGCGUCAGUUGUUUCUCCUGCUCCACCUGCAACACCAAACUCACUCUCAAAAACAAGUUUGUGGAGUUUGACAUGAAGCCCGUUUGUAAAAAAUGCUACGAGAAGUUUCCUCUUGAGCUCAAGAAAAGACUGAAGAAGUUGGCUGAAGUUUUGGGACGCAAGUGAGCUGCCUGUUCAAUGGGCUUAUUUUUAUUUCUGUGGUGAAAACAAUAAAAAGAAAACAAACUUGUGGGAAAAAAAACAAAUCUUUAUAAAGAUCAAAAUAAAUUUUACUUAUUAGCCUUUAUAACAAUUGAUAGUUUAAUUCUUAGAGUCCAGUGUUAAAUAGAUUUUUUUUCCUUCUGUUUAAAACACUUGUCUUUACUUUUAACUUUUUAAAUUUUUAAGAAAGUUAAUUUUUUUUCUAUAAAUUUUAUUCUAGUAUCUUUUGCUACCUUAACCUACUCCUGUAAAGUGUAACCAAAAAUCAAACUUCUGAUUAUUAAUAAACCUACCACUUCCUUUUUAAAAAUUCAUCAUCAUUUUAUAUAUUAAGUUUUAUAAUAAUUGUGGAGAAAUAAAGAACCACAUUUUAUGUCUUAGUGUUGUUGUUCACUUUUCGGCUUAUCCCAUUCGGGGUCGCCACAACAAAACAGCAUCCAGUGAUUUGGCAGAGACUUUUUAUGCUGGAUGCCCUUCCUGACCCAACCCUGUACUUGAAGGGCACAGGGACCCAGUUAGGCAGCAGCGUCAAGGGUCUUCCCUAAGCCCCCAAUCUGGAUGGAGAUCAGUAGGGAUUGAACCCCAGGCCUCCUGUGUGCCAGCCCUACUCUUAGCCCACUGAGCCAUCCAGCCGUCCUUAAGUCUUCUAAAAUGUGUUUUUUUAUACUACAAAUAUCUUAAUUGUGUUAAGCACAAUGAAGCUGCAGGUGAACCCCUUGUUUUGGGAGACAUUACAACAAAUGGUACCUCAAUGUGUGAAAGACCUUUAGAUUAUAUAAAAAAAAAAAAAAAUCAAAAUUUACGGUUUGGUACGCUUGUUUUAUAAUGUACUACAUUUCAUUGUACUGAAUUUGUAUUAAAAUAUCAAAAUCAA